UGUUAUUAUUAUGUUUCGUUUCCACACACUCACCUGAUGUGUCGUUGUUUAGGUGUGUGCGACCUGCUUCGACCUGUCCGUCAGUCUGCUGCGAGUCUUGGAGAUGACCGUCACUCUGGUUCCUGAGAUCUUCCUCGACUGGUCCCGCCCCUCAGCAGAGCUGCUGCUCAGACGACUGGCUCAGUUGUUGAACCAGGUUUUGAACAGAGUGACGGCAGAGAAGAACCUGUUCGAUCGUGUUGUCAACUUAAGACUUCCAGGUCUGGAGAGUGUCGAUCAUUAUCCGAUCCUCGUUGCUGUCACAGGGAUCCUGGUUCGGAUCCUGGUUGACGGAGACAGACAGGGGUGAGUUUGAGCUG